AACAGAGUCCUUUAAGAUGGCGUUGCGGCGAUUCAUCGCUCGUCGGGGCGCUCCGACGCAGAUCUAUACGGAUCACGGAACAAAUUUCGUGGGUGCUAGUCGGGAAUUGGCCCGUCAAAUGGCUGAAAUGAAUCAGGAGUUAGCGGAGAGCUUCACCGACACCAAUACACGGUGGUUCUUCAUCCCACCAUCUUCCCCGCACAUGGGCGGUGCAUGGGAACGGAUGGUCAGAGCAGUAAAAGCAGCCAUGGAGUCAGUCAACAGUUGCCGGGCACCGUCAGAAGAAGUAUUCCAGACUAUUCUCUGCGAGGCGGAGUUGAUGGUAAAUUCCAGACCGUUGACGUACGUGCCGCUGGAGACGUCAGAUCAGGAGGCGUUGACCCCAAACCAUUUCAUCCAUCUGAGCAGCAAUGGAGUCAAGCAACCGGAAAAAAUGUCGACUACGGAGAGCCAGGCAUUGCGAAAUGGGUGGAAUCUGUGUCGCUACGUCCUAGACCAAUUCUGGGCUAGAUGGAUACGGGAAUAUUUGCCGGUCUUGACUCGGCGCACCAAGUGGCAUGAAGAAGUAAAACCCAUCCGGAAAGGAGAUUUGGUAUUCAUCGUAGGCGAGGCCAUCCGGAACCGUUGGCCUAGGGGCAAGGUCGUUCAAGUUAUACCAGGACGGGAUGGACGCAUUCGACAAGUCGACGUCCAGACUAGUGCAGGAGUACUACGCCGUCCCGUGGCGAAGCUUGCGGUACUUGACGUACUUCCAGUAGGUAAUCCUGCUGGACUGGCGCAGCAUUACGAGGAGGGGAAUGUUACGGAAGGCGUUACACCCGUCGCCACUACAAAAGAAAUUUCCCAUAGGGAUGCUGCCGAUCUGACGGAGUGCUUGUCAUCCAUCGGCUCCAAUGAUGUAGGGACGAAGGCUCAUGUCAAAACAACACGAAAAAGAACGUGAAAUGUGCUUAAUGAAUUAGCUCUCUUAUCCUUACUAUUGAUAAUUAGUAGAAAUAAUUGAAAACUUCUUAUUGGAUUAGCUGUGUUAGCAAGUGAAAUUGAGUGAGUUGCCACAAAUGAAUUGUUAAAACAAAAACUUAUAAACGAACUACACAUACAACACAUUUUAGGUUAGCUUAAUGAACUACUUACGGCUAUCUUUGGUUAGUCAUUCAAUUAAAUUCCUAAAUUUAUUCCUACGGACGUAAACAGUAAUUUGACUAGACCUGCUAUUACGAAACGGUAUAUGACGUAGGGACCAUAGACUGGAGUCACAGAAUUGUGAGUAUUUACAAAUGUAAACAUGACCAACAAUCAGAAUUCAUUUAUUUUUAGCUUUAAAGCCUUUUCAACAAUAAAGAAAUUGCUACGAGAACCGUGAUUUUGUCCUACGUCUUACGCCGUGACAA